AUGGCUCCUAUCUUCGUGCUCGUGCCCGGUGCAUCUCAAUCUCCUGCAGCAUAUGGCUACCUUCUACAUAUCCUGCAAACCAAAGGCUACGGUGCCUUCACCGCACUACUCCCCAGCGUCGGCGCCACGGGGCCCGUCACCGUACAAGACGACACAGAUUAUGUGCGUAACCGACUGCUUCUACCCAUCCUCGAUGUUGAGAAGCACGACGUAAUCCUCAUCAGCCACUCGUACAGCGGCAUUCCGGCCAGUGCUGCAGCUCGCGGCUUGGGGAAAACCGAUCGCGUGGCAGAGGGGAAAACGACCUCGGUGCUGGGCCAGAUCUUUAUUGCAGCUGUGGUCACGCCAGGCGGCGAUGGGAAGGAUCUCGUUGCGAAUUUUGGCGGGCAUUUACCGCCUCAUAUCCGGCCUGAUGAAGAGGCGAAUCUGCUGAAAUGCGACGAUCCACGACCACCGCUCUUCAAUGAUCUGCCCUCGGAACUCGCAGAUGCGUCGGCAAUGUCGUCCAUGAGCCAGGGCAUGACUUCAUUCACUAGUCCCUGUCCAGCAGCUAGUUGGAACACGGAGGCUUUCAAGGGCCGUAUUGCGUAUAUCAAGACUGUCAAUGAUGCUGCUGUGCCCUACCAGGCGCAGAGCAUGAUGCUGCAGGCUAGUGGGCAGGAGUGGAUUACCAGGGACAUUGAGACGGGCCACAGCGCUCAGCUCGCGGCGCCGGAGAAGUUGGCUGAGAUGCUUUUGGAGAUUGCGAAGCAGUUUGAAGCUUUGUAA